UAUGAACAAGAAUGUCACAUAAAAAUCGCGAUCAUAGGUCGAUUUAUCCUAAUUUUUGGAAAUAUUAUGGUUUGACUGGAGUACAGAUAGGUGAAAAUCAUCUAGGACCUUAAAUGUAACUCGGAAUAAAGUGGAGUAUGAAGUUAUAAGGAUGAAAACUUUGCAUGUUCUCUGACUGAAAACUAAAAUCAGAAAUUUUUGACAGUGACUGAGCAGUGAGUGAGUGACAAUCACAGUGUGUAACAGUGUUGACACUUUUCAACUACGGUACUUUAUUGAUUCUGCCUGCAGACUUUCAUGACUUUGUGUGCUGGGUACAUGUAUGGUUUCUGUGCUUGUAUGUCAUGAUCUUCAUUAGUAUUCAUCCACUAGUUCAUUUGGUCUACUCUUGACCCCCGGGACUCAUUUUAUGGGCAACCAGGAUUUUGACAGAGAAGUACAAAGCCAAAGGACAGGUAGUCGUGAGAGUAAACCAGAACCAUUGACUUAGACUUCAAACUUAUAGUUUCAAUAUCCAAUGGGCUUAUCCGAUAGCCUAGGGUUAGCUAUCAUCCAUGUUAGCUUUUGUUGUACUUUAAACAAAAGUGAUUUCUACUUCUUCUUGUGAAUCGCAGCUUGGUAGGAUUACUUGGAUUACAAAUCUCCCAUUGGCGAACAUGCUGGAUUAUUCUCCGAUUAUUGCCAUCUAUGAGGAUCCCUAGUCCUAAUGUCGACUCCGUCAUUAAUGGCUGCCAGUCCUUCACCAAACAAGUCUAUGGGUGGUAAGUCGGCCACAAGUAUUACUUGCCAAACAUGCGACUCAACUGUAAAACAGGCUCCUGGAAGCCGGAGGACAAUAUGCCCGCAUUGUGGAAAUUUCUAUGAUCCGGAGGCAGCUCGCAUUCCGCCCCAGCCACCCCGGGGCCCGAAGCCACCGCGCCACACGCAGGAGGGUCAUUCAUCGCAGAACUAUAACAGAAAAUACAAUAAGGACAAGCUGCCGAAGUUGGCCAGAGAUGACAAAGAAAAGUCGGGCACACGACUGCAAUCAAUAGCCAAUUUUUUUCAAAACUUAAACCCAAAUCGUCGGGAUCGUUCAUCUCGGUCAGGGAAUAACAGUGAUCACGACGGUUCACGGACGUCAUCAGCUGACGGAGGAUCCCGUACAGAGCUCCCGCCAAUAAAUUCCGAAAAGGGACGUUUGACGGUGGAUCGAUCACCAGUUUCGUCACAUAGCAACCCAGAUUCACCUAAUACACCAAAUACCCCCACGCAGAACCACCAGAAGACGUUCUCCUAUCCUGUACGGAAUAAAACCGUGCAACAACUGCGGGACGAUGUCAAACAAUCAAGGGAAUCAGCAAAUUGGAAAGAUGUCCACGAUUUCUAUGCGACAACAUUUGAUUCAUUUCUAGAACUCAACGCUGCAUUUAAGCGAGAUCCCCAAAAGGAAUAUAAAACGACAGACGACCCCGGAUUAAAGUUUGAUUUCGUGACGACGGUAUAUGAAUUGCUAUCUGAGUUGCCUCAAGAAAUCCAGAAAGUAGUCCUCAAAGCUGUGAUAAACAGUUUAUUGAAGGAUAAAAGACUAACUGACACAACCAGAGUCUGGCCCCAUACGAAAGAGGAUUUAAGGGCCUACCUUAUACUAGUCCAGAACCCACAGUUCAGCAACAUUGCCACUUAUGUGAUAUUUGCUCAUCUUCUCAGACAGAUGGCAGCACUGUCCGACCACGACCAUCAUUUUCUCGUCCAUUGGUUCCGAAAGUUGCGAAGUGAUCAGUUCCAAAGUUUAGCUCAAAGGUUGCAUAACUUUAUCUCAUGUCGGUUAUUCCCGCCAAAACCCAAAGAUCUCCCGCCGAUGUCGAAGUGUACUUGGUGGAUCCCUAGCGCAACAAAAGUGAUGGCAUUACUGAAUGCUUCCAAUAAUCUUACCACAAAUGGGAUUAUCAACUACACAGACUUCUAUAACCAUACCCUAGACCAUUUAGAUCUGAUGGCUGAGUAUUAUGCCUGGCAGAACCCUAGCACACAUCCUGGCUUCACAUUUUGUCAGUAUCCGUUCAUCCUGAGUAUAAAUGCGAAAAGAACGAUAUUACAGAAGGAUUCGGAACAGCAGAUGAUAAUCAUGGCACGGCGGAGUCUUGUUGCCAAAGUCCAGCGCAGGCAGCUCCCUGACAUUGGCAUGUUAUUCUUGAAUCUGACUGUACGGCGUUCACAUCUAGUCUCGGACUCGCUCAAUGAGAUUGCCCGCAAACAACAUGACUUAAAGAAGAAACUAAAGGUGACGUUCUCUGGCGAGCCGGGCCUUGACAUGGGUGGGCUGACCAAGGAAUGGUUCCUCUUGCUUGUCCGGCAGAUAUUCCAACCAGAAUACGGCAUGUUCACGUACGACAAAACAUCGCGUGUCUUUUGGUUUAGUACAACGGUGUGCGAAAACUAUCAAGAAUUCAACCUCGUCGGCGUGCUGAUGGGCCUGGCCGUCUAUAACAGUAUCAUUCUAGAUAUCCACUUCCCGGCCUGCUGCUACAAGAAGCUACUCAGUCCAGCUGUUGUGCCGUAUAAUAAUCCCAGGGCGACUGUUGGAGUCACAAAUGUCACCUUGGAUGACUUGGAAGAGGUGUUGCCCGAUCUUGUGAAAGGUCUGCGGGACUUGCUGGCAUAUGAGGGUGAUGUGGAGGAUGACUUCGGACUAACAUUUCAGAUUUCAAUCACAGAAUAUGGCAACAGCAAGACGCAUGUUUUGAAGCCAGGCGGCGAGACUAUAAAUGUUACAAAUAAGAAUAGACGAGAAUAUGUCAACCUCUACUCUGAUUGGCUAUUGAAUAAAUCAGUUUACCCACAAUUCCAAGCAUUUUAUCAUGGAUUUCACAGCGUCUGUGCAUCAAAUGCUCUCAUUAUGUUACGGCCUGAGGAAGUUGAGACUCUCGUGUGUGGCUGUCCUAACCUUGACCUUGAUGACCUCCGCAAGGUCACGCAGUACGAUGGCUAUACAGUAAACGACUCAUUGAUCAAACACUUCUGGGAAAUCUGCCUCGCCUUUCCAGUUGAGUUACAGAAGAAGCUCCUGCUGUUUACGACCGGCAGUGACCGCGUGCCAAUAGGGGGCAUGAUGGAGAUGCAGUUCAAAAUUACACGGGUGGAAAAUACAGAUAUGUUACCAGUGUCCCACACGUGUUUUAACCAACUGGUGCUGCCUCAUUACAAGACAAAGAAAGUUCUCAAACAAAAACUUACGAUAGCCAUUCAGAAUGCAGAAGGAUUUGGCAUGGAGUAGAAAAAUUACAUUUGAAGAGUUCGGUUUCAAAACAAUAGCGCUAUUUCUGAAAUUUUGAUGUUAGCGCUUCCCGGUGUUGUUGUUUUUAACAAAAAAAAGUAUGAUAAAGAGCAAGAAUGUAAAACAAUGUCUAGGUUUUGCGGACUUGGGUACGUAGAACUUCAAUUUCUGAAAAGUGACAUUUGACAUUUGACAGUGGCAGCUGACAUUUUUAUCGGCUUCUGUUGUGUCCAAAACUCGCCCGAAUGAAAUAUUGUGAUGUUUAAUUAUCCGUCCAUGUAAUUUAGGUUUUCACGUUCAGAGUCUACUAGUGGUGACUUCCCCAUGACCUAGGGUAUGUACAUUGCUGACCAAACAACUGAAUCGGAUCUUUAGAUUACGAUUGGUAUAAGUUCAUUUUGUGAUAGAUCCUUAUGCUUUACCUCGGACGAGGUUUUCAUCAACCUCACCAGUGGACAUCCUCAGGUCUUCUGAGAAAUUUCCAGUAAGCAGCAUAGAUUGUAGCACUGCACUGGGAAUCAAAUUUCAUGCUGUUAUUUCUUCUUGGCCCCCCCCCCCCCUUGGGUCCCCGUGUGGAUCCUGGGUUGAUCACAAAAUGAACUUUAUACCAAUCCAUGUCGAUUGUUUUAGAAAAUGAAAGGGUUUAACUUUUUGGAGGUGUUUGAAUGAUCAGUUUAACGUCCAAUUUACAACUUCAUCUGUGCCUAUUGAACAAAAUGCGUAUUGUUCAUGUAUAUCUUGAUGUCUUCUCUAUAUGCAUGUAUGCUGUAUAACACACAUCCGUCCAACAGAGCACAAGUCGCAAACAACUAACUGCUAUAUGAUAAUCAGAUUAUUAUGUUACAUGCUGGCAUUAACAUUUAAAGCACAAAUUAAUGUUGAUGUUGAUAAAGUUUCAUGUUGUUACGGUAUUCAUAUUGAAAUUAAAAAAUUCACACUAACUUACAAGGGGUCAUCAUAAAUCUUAUGAUACAUAGUCAUCCAUAAGUAUCAACACUUUCAAAAUACACUUGGGGAAAGGGGUUAGUGAGAAAUGUUGACUUUUAAACUUUUGCUUAUAAAUGUUGAUCAAUCUUUUCAGAAAUCAACACUAUCAGGGGAGGUGGGUGGGGGG